AUGGAUCCCUUGUCCGUCCUAGCGAGCGUCGCAGGGAUCGCCACCGCGGGCGCCGCGCUUGCAAACACGUUGUUCCGCCUUGUCAGGACAGUUCGCCAUGCGCCCAGGGAGAUACAGUCGGUCGCCAUCGAGAUGUCGAGUCUGGCCUCGACUCUAGAGCACCUACACGAUGUUCUCGCUACCGGCGCGUCUUGCGCGAAGCCGUCAUUCCUCCAGGGCGUCGAGGCCGUAGUCGCAAACAUCACGUCGACUCAAGACGAAAUUUCCACAAUGAUAUCUAACGAAACCAUUUUUGAAAGGCUGCGGUGGAUGAAAGCCGCCAGUGUCCUCUCUGAUAUCGAAAAGCACCGAGUCACAGUAACUCUGCAGACAUCCAUAUUGUCUGCAGCCAUCCUUGUCAAGUCCACAACUACCAGACACUCUUCAGCCCACGAACGGCCCGAAAACAGGUUCAGGAUACAAGCAGAGAGUCUCAUUCAAGCUGGUCAGGUUUCACUAGAACACGACAACAGAUACACCAGGAUUUCACGACAGAGGGCUCCCAGCCCCCCAUUCCGGACCAGCAAACGACUACCAAGUCCUGUACGCCGUUCCGAGAUACCAGGACAUGUAUGGCCAGAGGAUCUUUUCGACCGUUCUGGCGCACCAACAACUGGAGCUCGAAAUCCAUCUUCACCUCCGGAACGACGUCGAUCCUCUCGCAAGUCUGUAUCAGACACCGAAAGAGAGGAAACAGAUUAUGUCGAUGCACGAAGUCCAAAACCAACACCAGAUCACAGCACCCGUAUUCCAAAGAAGGCCACAGUGAGCGAUGCAGAUGAGGAAGAGGGGGAAGAAACUCCGGAUCAGGGCAACGAGGCAGAUCUCGAGAAUGACGCAUCAGAUGAACCCAGACGACGAGGUUCCAACGGCAAAGUCGUACAGCUUGGUCACAAUUUCCGCGUUCGAGGAGAUGCAGCUACGUUUCUUUACAAUCUGGUCUUUCAAAAUCAAUCGCCAAGCCCGGGAGAUGCCAAAGAGGAGAACAGUUCAACCGAGGAUGAAGGAUGGACGGGAUUGACUUCGGAAGACUCUGAACAAGAAUCUCGAUACUCGACACGACACGCGAGCAGGCCACCACGAGAACGGCCAACGCCGCAGGAACCGGAGAAGGCAGUGGACAAUCUGCUUUUGAAAUGGACUUUGUUGAGCGAAAGGGAGAUUGAAAAAGGGGCCAGCGAAUCAAAAUCACCAGAGAAGGAACAUAUUCGUGAACGGCCUUCGUAUGAGAGCAAGGAGGAUGACGAUUGGGGAGAGUUCCUUCGAAAGCCUCGCAAGUCCCAGUCCACUCCAUUCUUCAGAAACACGGGGGGUAUUCCAAGUAGUCCUGAAGGCGCAAAGAGUGUGAGACGAAUAAUCCGACCAACUCGAUCCGAGACUCCUCAGGCAGGCAUCUCACCAGGCAACCCCUUUUCGAAGCCACAUAUGGAUCGACCUCCGAAUAGAUACUCGAUGCCUUUCGCACACCCAUCGUUUAACACCAGCGGCCCUUCUGUUCAUCACCUGGGAGGAUUUGGACCCAGGGAAGUUCCGCCGCCGCCCUGGGCUCAACCACCAGCAUUCCUCUUCCCCAGACAACCAGGCCAGCCUCCGUAUGAAUCAAGCUGGCGUGAGAGCCGCGAACCGAAAAAGGAAGAAUCAAAACCGAUCAAGGGGCCCCUUCAAAAACCAAACAUUGUGAUCCUGCCCUACGCCGAGGAGACCGACUUUGAAACUGGCGCCUCGACACCCGAUCUUGACAUUGCGUGUCUCGGCCUUACUGUUGUGCGGCAGCGUGAGGAAGCUGUUUGGAACAGUGAUGAGUUUAUCAAGAAGCAUGGCAUGCCUGGCAAGGCCAUCAUGGCUUCUCUUGUGGGAGACAGAUCAGCAUGGAACGCCCACGGUCUCGACCUCGCCCACACAUUGAUGCGAGGACAAAACACCAAGCUCAUCUACGUACGGGGCAAUGAACUCGGAGAGACGUGGUUUAUGAACGAGCAGCCCGUCUUCCUGCAAUUCUACCACUGUGGAUAUCUACCGCAGUUCUACCCAGCCAGGCAGUCGGACGAGAAGGCCCAGAAGGAAGAGUACGUGGCCAUUGGCGAAGAAUGGGCCAGCCUUGAGGCCCUAAGCCAGCUCGGCCUAUCAGUCAAGGGGCAACAGGAGGGGAGGGUCUUGCUAGAUCCUACCACCACAUGGUCCAUGCUCAAAGAGCUCGCCAUCACGACACUGCAACUCAGAUGCAUGAAGCAACGACGACAGUUUACAUCCACAUUCUAUAACUCGAUAUCCUUGUUCCGCAAGACACACGGAGAAGUUGAGGCUGAGCCCGAGACGUUGGAUACUCUACAAGAGGAGGAGCCUCAAGACACGACAGUCACACCACAAGAACCAGUGGUGGAGCCGAGUACACCAAGCACGCUUACCACGCAGAGUUUCCGGAUCUUCGACUUUGAGGUCAAGGACGAGGAGGAACCUUCGGUCCCUAUACGGGCUCGUAGUGUGGCAGAAACACACCAUGAACCGCCCCAAAUGUCGACAGCACACUCAGCUCCACCGCCUGUAGUUCCCCAACCCCCACCUGAGCUGGAGCAAGACGACAACAGAUCAGACAUCUCAUCCGAGACGCUUCUAUCAAGAUUCGUCCGAAGGUACAAGCCCAAGAAGAAGCAAAGCCGCCAUCCGCUCCGGAACCGCCACGACGUGUCUCAAACGAUAGCUGAGCAUGGAGGCAGUAAUAACAAGAGGGCACCUCCAACACCAUCCGACUCUGGCAUUGGAAGUUCAGUAGCUUCAGCCCGACCCUGA